CCUCUGUCUGUGGACCCCUAGAAAUCAGAGAUCGAGUUGAGAAAAGAGUUGCGUGCGUGUAGUAGAGACCCCCGAGAUAAUCUAGAGAAAAUCUAGAGAAAAUCCCCGAGAAAAUCCCCGAGAAAACCAUCGAGAGCAACCAUGACCAAGUUCGUGGUGGUGGGCCUGUGCCUGUGCCUGCUAGUGGCCUUCAGCCAGCUGGCUGCCGCCGUGACCGAGGCUCCGGAGGUGGAGCAGUCGACGGAGUCGCCCAUCGCCGACAUGGCGCUGAUUGAGGAGACGCCCAUGGCUCCCAAGAUGCCCACAGAGAAGCCACCGGUAGUGGCCGUCCAAGAGGCCCCCUCCAUGGUCUCACCAGUGGAAAUCCAGGAGAAGGCUGCCCCACAGCCACACACGGUGGCCGACUUCAUCAUCCACCCACUUAUCGCCUUCAAGCCGCGCCAGGCCUCGCUGGAGGAGAUCCAGGGCAAGCAGGCAUCGGCUGCCCCCGGCUCCAGUGCCCCAGCCUCGCCGGGCACCUGGCUCUUCGGCAUGAAUCCCGCCCAGCAGCUGGGCUCCUCCUUCUCCACGCUGGCCGGCUCCGUUUCCGGCUGGUUCAACGAUCGCCUGCAGGCGGCUGGCCAGCAGCUGCCCGGCCUGGUGGAGACCCCGGUGCGUGGUGAGUCCACCACCAGCACCAGCAGCACCACUUCGACCACCACCCAGCGACCAGACAUUGUGGUGCGAGUCCAGCAGCGUCCCCAGCGGAAUGGCAACCGAAAUGGCAAUUUGAAUAACAACAACAACCUGAACAACAUGAAUAAUAGACGUCGCCAGCAGCGACCCAAUCGGUUCAACAACCGCCUAGACUCCUUCGAGGAUGACUACUACGAGGAUGACUACCUGCAGGGCAACCGCUUCGACGAGGAGUUCGACGACGACGAGGACGAGCAGAGUCUGGAGCAGUUCGAGGACGAUGACUCGCUGGAGCUGCGGCCGCAGCAGAAGCCCAAGAAGCAGAGGAAACAGACCCAGGUGCAGGCGCAGAACCAGCGCCGGAAGUUCCAGCAGGAGGAGCAAGUGGUGGUCAGCCAGAAGCGUCGUCAACCAGUUAACCAGAACAGCAACAAGAAGGUGAAGGCUCAGAAGAAGCCGGUGAUCGAGGAGGCCCAGGAUGACGAGGAGGAGGAGGACGAGGGGGCCAACAACGACGACGACGACGACGAGGAGGAGGAGGAGCAGGUGCAGGAGGACGACAGCCAGGAGCAGGACUUCCACCAGGAGCCUCUCUACGCCUCCACCUCGACGCGGCGCAGCCAGAACCAGCCCAACUUCAUCCAGCGUGGCCAGCAGAGCAUCAUCAGCCAGAUCAGGCAGUUCACCAGGGGUCAAACACCCGCCGAACUGGGCAACACCCUGAGGAGGACCUCCUCCUCCUCCUCCGCCUCCUCUGCGGCCGGAGCCAACGCCUCGAAGACCCGCCGUCCGCAGGCCACCACCUUCCUGGUGAACCGCAACGGGCAGACCGUCUAUCUGGCCCCCGAGCUGCUCAACCUGAACAGCUCCCCCUAUCCCUACGCUUAUGUGCAGGGUCAGGGCAAGAGGCAGAGAGUGCCCGUGGCCGGAAACUUCCCGCAGCCCCCUCUGACCGUGCCCGUGAGGCGUCAAGGUCGUCCCACCCAGUACAUCACCAUCCCCUGGAGCCAGCUGGGUCUGUCGCCGCCGGAUCAGCAGUCCGUGGUCUCCCUGGCCGAGGGCAUCCAGGCCCAGCCCCUGAUUCUGAACAUCCCGCAGAGCGCCAUCAGUCCGGUGAGGGGCACCUCGGGCUCCAAGAAGCAGCGUCCGCAGCUGACCGCCUCGGCCGUGCCCCUGCUGGCCGACGCCUCCCUCAUGGACAUCUUCCAGCCGCCCCAGAUUCCGCCCUCCCGCAAUGGUAGCCCCUCCUCCGCCUCCUCAUCGGGAUCGGGAUCGGGUGCCGGAUCGGGUUCGAUCAAACCCAUCUCUGCCCAGCCCGUGCUGAUUGCCGCCAAGCCCGUGAAGGCUGGAGGCCUACUGCCCUCCCGCAUUCGUCCCGGCACCAUUGUGGAGAAGGCCCCGGCCAUGGAUGCCGCCAUGGAGAAGCCCGCCAUGGAGGCCACCGAGAUGAAGCAGGAGCAGGAGAUGAUGGCCGGAGGAGAAACAGCCGCAGCUGCCCCCCAAAUGGCCAGCGAGGGUGGUCAGGAGUUCAUCCUGGUCGGAGAUGACGACGAGCCCGGACUCUCGCGACAUGUGCAGCCCGCCUUCGGCGAUGCCCGCUAUGUGUCCUACGGCGACUUCCAUCCCUACUUCGAUCUGCUGACCCAGAACAGGCGAUUUGCCCUGAGGAAGACGGGCAGGUCGCUGGAGAGCGCCGGUCCCGAGGAGCAGGUGGCCCCCAGGGCCUUGACCACCUUCGGAAAGGUGCCACAGAUGGAGGAGGAGCAGAAGGAGGAGGUCCAAAAGAUGGCGGUUCAGAAGGAGGAAGUCCAAGAGAUGGAGGUUCAGAUGGAGGAGGUCAAGAAGGAGGAGAUGCCAAAGGAGGAGAUCCAGAUGGAGGAAGCCCAAAAGAUGGAGGUCCAGAAGGAGGAGGUUCAAGAGAAGGAGGUUCCGAAGGAGGAAAUCCAGAAAGAUGAAAUCAAAAAGGAGGAACCCCAGCAGGAGCAGCCCAAAAUGGAGGAGCAGGCCAAACUUGCAGCAUAAUUCUGUAAAACUAUAGACCUUUCCAAGAAAAAAGCGAGCCCAAAACGAACGAAAUAAUUAAUGAA